AUGGCGGACAAAAAGAAGCCUAACUCUGCAGACGAUCGUGUUGUACAAGAAACAGACAGACAGUUUCUGGAGAGAACAAGCACAGGGACCCUGAUCAGAGAUGUUUUGGAGAAAGUUAUCAGCAACCGACCAGAAGAUCCAAUAGCCUUCCUAGCAGAUUAUUUUGAUUCUCUAGAGGAUGAGACAAAUUUGGUUGCAAAGGCACGACAGAUACUGACAAUGACUCACCACAGUCGACCUGUGUUUGAAACCAAUGUCAGAAUGGCUUACAACCUCUUACAGAAACACAAAGUCUCAAAGAAAGUACACGGUGUAAAUGGGACAGUUUUUACAGAUUUAGUCAAAUCACUAUGCAAAGAUAUUCCUCAAACAGUCCAAAACAAACUAUUAAAGAAGCUAGAGUGUGCUGAACAUGAAUGUAUCAAAUUUAAUGUGUUUAGUUCAGGUGUCUUCACAUGCUGUGUGCUACUUGACUAUGUGAAACUGUCAGAAAUGCUUUUUAAAUCUAUUGACCUUCAGAAGAGUGGAAAAGCAGACAAGGUGUUAAGUGAGACAGUCCUAGAUCAAUUAAGAACAGCUUUGGCUAGUAACAAAUCUGAUGCUAGAAGAGUAGUGGAGUCUGGUUAUAACUUAGGACCUGAUGGGCUAUACUAUGCGCUAGACAAGGCUAUGAAGAGAGGAAAUCACAACCAGGGAGCACAGACACUAGACCAGUUUACGACAGAGGCCUGUGAUGCUUUCCUAACAAAGGUGAAGAAAAUAUGUUGAUGAACGAUGUAUUAUAGAGAAAAUGUAUGGACAUAUACUUCACAGGUGGUACCUAAAACACACAACUUCAACAUGAGAACAAGUCGACGACAAAUUUAUUCAUAAAAAGUUGAGUUUCUGAAAAUCCUUUAGGAGAACUACAAGAUUUUGAGUAUUACCAUUGAUAUUUUUUAUUUAAGUUAUAACCUUGUUAUGUGAAUAGUGUUUCUUUUAAGCACAACUGGCUAGUAAUCUUUUUGUGAUCUUUCUGUGUCAAGAGGUCAUUUGUUGAAGAUUAAAAAAAAUUCAAUGACUGUUCCAAAGAAGGUGACAGUGUUGUCAUGGAAACAUCAGUAUGAUCACACAUGUUGAUCAGAAAUCACAACAAAAUCAAACCUGAAUUUACAUUAUGCAUUCAUAGUCUUCACUCGGACAUACACAUUUUUAAUAUGGAACUCUGUACAUAUACCAUACAUGCCAGUCUGACUUGAUAA